UCCAUUCUUAAUCGCAUUUCUAGAGGAGAGGAGCAGCCACCAGGGAUGAAGUCUGAGAGAGAGAAAAGUUUGAAUUAACAACCACCAGAGUUGACUUGAACUUUAUAGUUAAGAGGUUUAAUCUUAUUUGACCUCCCAGUUGUUGAAAGGUGAUUUUUGAUCUUUUUUUCUGGAUUUCUUUUGUGUCUCACAUAUUCUUUUCUCGUAGAGCUGGCUAAGAUUUUUAAAAAAGAUUUUUUGUCUGUUUUACGGACGUUGCGGGUCCUAUUUUUGUCCCAAGUGGGUGUCUUAACGUGAUUUUCAUAUCACUAGAAGCCAUGAGUUCGCUGGUAAAAAACGUGGUAGGAGAUGGCAAUAGCGCCGGCUUCGACCUCAUCCAAAAUCGAAUCGAGUCACUGAGCAGCAAGAUGGACAAGCUCAUCAACAUCCAAGAGAAGGUCCUCAACCGGCUUGAUGGGAUGUCCCACGACAUUGACGACAUCGAAAAGGAUAUGGAGAAUUUGAAGGUUGACAAGGAGGAGAUUCAUCUGCCGCCCAGGGUAAUGAACCAGACCCAGGUAAUGGGGCGAGAGGUGAGGGAGAUCUGCCAGGAGAUGAGCACCAUCAUGUCGGCAGUGAACCAACGGUCCGAGCAGCAGGCUCAGAAGCUGGAAGGGAUGGAAAAACUGGUCCUCAGCAUGCAGCAAGUGAUCAGCUUCAUUGGGGAGACGGUGAAGACCUCAAAGGUUAUGGAGUUGAUGUUCAAAGGCCCAGCAGCUCGGAAGGGCUCCAAGCCCAAAGACAACAAAGGAAAGCAGGCUAUUAAGAGGAAAUCAUCUACAGAUACAAUAGCUAAGAAGCCUGACAAGAAAACUGCCUGUAAUAAAGCCAGUAAAAGGAAACAACAGAUUACCUCUGCAUGUCAGCCCAGUACUCUGCAGCCUUCUUACAAGAUAAGGCUCCAUGGACCAAAGCGUUUCCCCGCCUCGCGCAAAUGUGGAAACUUUCUUAAAGGCAAAGAUGUGACAGAUAAGUCCUGUUUGAGCCCUAAGGGUCUCAAGGCUCAGAAGAAGAUGAAGCCUCCGGAUACAGCAGACAGUUUCUCCUUGAAGAAACAGAUUCUGCUUCUCGAAGAGGUGCAGAAACUCAACAGGGAGAACGCGGAGAAAUCGGCACACCAGCUCACGCCCGGCUGUCUGGAUCUGGAGGCUGGAGUGUCCCCUAAAGACCAACAGCCGGAAGCCCCCGCCUGCAGCUCGGUGGGCUACCUGAGCGUGGAUGUGGCUGAGGAGCGCGAGGUGGUCGAGGCAGCCGUUGAGGAGAAGGCUGAGGAAAAGGUGCCUGAGGGAGAGGCGGCGGUUACAGAGAAGGAAACCAAGCCUGAUGUGGAGGAUAUAGUGAAACCGACAGAAGAAGAAAAAGAAGAAGAAGAAAAGCCCCAAGUCCCAGAGGAGAAACAGGAAGAGCAGGUUUCUGCUGCUGAAGAUGUCCCAGAACUUCCUGCUUCCUGUGACGAUGAAAAAGAGGCGACUACUUCGAGCGAUGACCACAAAGGUGCCUCCUCACCUCCGGACGCCAAACAGGACCAGGUAUUAGAGGUGACCAGCAUGACCACCACGUCAUUCGUGAUGGAGGAACACUUUGUAGUGGAGGAAUACACAAAGGUGGUGGAAGAGGUGAUGGAGGAAGAGAAGAAAGAGGACGAGGAACAGAAGCUCGAGUCUGAGGGCUGGGCCAUCUUCAGGGCGGACGGGGUUGAGGUCCAGCUGAACCUGAAAGAGAGGGUGGAGCGGGCGAGGAUGGAAAACGACGCAGUAAAAAAAGAAGAGGAGGAUGGUGACGAUAAUGCUGAGCGGUACUUUAUUGACACCACCCCACCCCCAACGGCUCCUUUCAAUCACCGCAUUGUGUCGGCCAAGCCCAACCAGAUCAGCAACUUCUACACAAUCAACUGGCAGGAGGUGCUGGGCGGGGGUCGUUUUGGCCAAGUGCACAAAUGUGUCGAGAACUCCUCUGGUCUCACUCUGGCAGCGAAGGUGAUCAAAGCGAGGAGCCAGAAAGAAAAGGACGUGGUGAAGAAUGAGAUCCAGGUCAUGAAUAAUCUGGACCAUGCCAGCCUGAUCCAGCUCUAUGCAGCUUAUGAAUCAAGGACUGACAUCAUCCUUGUACUUGAAUAUGUUGGUGGAGGGGAGCUGUUUGACAGGAUUAUUGAUGAAAACUACACUUUAAUGGAGCUGGACGCUCUGGUGUUCAUCAGGCAGAUCUGUGAGGGCCUGCAGCACAUGCACAAAAUGUCUGUCCUACAUCUUGACCUAAAGCCAGAGAACAUUUUGUGUGUGAACAGAGCCACGAAUAAGAUCAAGAUCAUCGACUUUGGACUCGCCAGGAUAUAUAAACCAAGGGAGAAACUGCGAGUGAAUUUUGGGACGCCGGAGUUUCUCGCUCCCGAGGUCAUCAACUACGACUUUGUGUCUUUCAACACGGACAUGUGGAGCCUUGGCGUCAUCACCUACAUGCUGCUGAGUGGCCUGUGUCCCUUCCUCGGAGACGACGACAACCAGACUCUGAAUAACAUCUUGGCCUGUCAGUGGAACUUCGAGGAACAGGAGUUCGUGGACACGUCACCAGAAGCCAAGGAGUUCAUCUCCAGACUCCUCGUCGUGAACAAAGGUUGGAGGAUGGGAGCGUCUGAGGCCUUGAGGCAUCCCUGGCUAUCUGACCCCGUCCUUCAUCAUCGCCUUUAUACGAAGAAAACUAUGUGCAGGUCACGGAGAUCAUCGUGUGUGCCCAUGACAGAUAGUUGAGAUCUCUGCACCAAAGCGACGGCUCCAGCUGUGGACCGUUUGGACCAACUCUCCUGUCCAUGUAACAUUUCAAACCAUGCACCUGUGGCAUGAUCUGAAAUUCUGGCAAACUUUUUUCCUGACAUCAUAUCAACGGUUACUGUUCUGCUACUGAAAGCAAUAUACGUAUAGAUAGUUUUUGUUUAACUAUGAUUUACCGGUGGAUCAUUAUACUCUGAUGUAACAUAAUCAAAAUAGGACGUCAUAACCAAACUGUCAUGCAAAAUCCUCGUCUUGUUAGAAUUGGAUCUGCAGCAGGGAAACUGAGCUGAUGCGUCUGUGUUCAUGUGUCAUUUCAAAGGCCGUUUCAGUCCACACACACAUUAUCAUACACUUUUCACACUUUUGCCUUCAAAUGUGCUCAUUUUCAAACUUCACUUCCUUCACUCCCUCGUCAGCCUCCAGCCUAAAACACUGAGUUGUCAUUGUUCUUUUUUAAAAUGAUUUCUUGUUUUUCUGCUGAUACAUAGCCACCUUUAUGUGUUUAGAAACAUACCUCAACAACAGCUACCGGGCGAAGGCUACAGCAAGACACGUCGGCUGCCGCGUAUCCGUGCUGCAUUUCUCCCCCAUUUCUCCUCUGAGCCGUGCAUUCUGUUUUCGGGCUGUAAAUACUUGCAUCCAAAUGAAGAUUUUUUUCAUAGGGGAUAGACUCCAUAUAGAAAGGAUUCACGUGUAUAGUGUGUGUGUAUGGAAAGAAUGGCGUUUGCGUCAAAAGCUGUAGUAUGUGCACUUUAUAAUGUUAUUUAUUUAAAAAAGAAAAUCAGUACACAAAACCUACUGUGCUCUCACUGGAAGGACCCGGUAUCAACGGAUCUCCUCAUGUUUCCGAUACAUCUGUUUCUAAAGGAAAUGCAUUUCACCUUAAAACAAACACCACACGUUUCUAUGUCUUACUAGGAUGCAUUAUUUAAUUUGUUCUUGCAUGUGUUUAUGUGUUUGGUGAGCCACUAAAGCUUAAACUUGACAUGCUACGUACAUUUUUUUUAACUUUUUUUUUUUUUUUUUUAACUAUGCUGUGUUAU